GUUGGUAAAACACAACCGGCUUGCGUUGCGUAUCGUGCUAUCUCUGUCUAUCAGUCAAAAACUCAAGAGUUUACUUGUCGACACGGCUAGUUUUAAAGUUUUUACGAUAUUCCAAAAGUUACUUUAUUUGAGUAAUCUUGUGUUUUAAGGUAAACUCUAAUGAAUUCGAAGUGAAUAAAUGGUGUUUUAUCAAUGUGGAGUGUUUUUGUGAUGUUUGAAGGCUGUGUAACUGUUUAUUGUUUCAUGUAGGUGGCUACCUACUAUUGUACCUGGGCCCAAUGUGAAAGUGUUUUCGCAUAAAAUUCAGAUCCCAUUGUUCGAUCUUUCCGGGUAUACGCUGGGAAAAACGCUAAUAAGUGUGAUUUGAGUAAAACGACGCCUAAUUUUGGUGAAAUAUGUGUUAUUUUAAAGUUUAAUGCCGCUAAACUACUGAAUUAAUAUUUGCAUGGAAACAACUGCAGCUACAAUGAAUUUGCAACCGCUGGAGAAUAUCUUCUCAUCAGACGAAGGCGGCGGCAGUUCGGACUCGCGCUCGGACAGCAGCGAGGACGAAGUCACAGAGCACGUGACGCGCUCCACGCCACCACCAGACAUGGCCGCCGCCAGGGCACAGGUGCCAACUAUAAGCGUGACCCCGCACAGCCCGGGGUUACUAGAAGACAGUCUGCAACAGCUGCGGAGGUUACACGCGGCUGUCCAGCGCAUGAGAACUGCGCCACUACCAUUACUGGCAACAGGCACAAGUCGACUGAGCACGUCUUGCCCCUCACUAUGCAAAGACGGUGUAGUGGAGGCAGACUGCUCGUCGCCAACACAUCUGGACUUCUAUCCACAGAGCAGGAAAGGAAGCGGCGAGUCCCGGCAAUGGGGCCUAUGGGAGCGUCGCGACGAAGGCCGGCGCAGCAGCUGGGCCGCGCUCGAGCCCGGCCCGCGGGUACACGAGCCGCACAGGCAACGCAAUGCGUUAAAUGGUCACAGUGCGUCGCUGUCGUCAAUGGAAUCGGAGGGGGAAGUGCCGCGUCCUGUCCGGCACUCCACACACUCGCUCAACGAUAAUGAUCUUGCUAAGGACUUCGAGAAGGUAACAGCGGCCCUCCGCGCGGGCGCGGGCGCGGGCGCGGCGGCGGGCGCGGCGGCGGCGGCGGACGCGGGGCGGCUGGCGGCGCGCCUGCCGCUGCAGAAGUCCGUGUCCACGCCCAGCAUCGUGGCCGCCGUGCAGCCGCAUCUGGCGCAGCCGCCGCCCAGCGUUGCGCGGGCGACGGGCAGCGAGUCGGAGAGCGACGAAGCGCUGGGAGCGGCGCCGGCGCCCGUCACGCGCCGCAACAACGCGCUGCCCGACCAGCUCGGCCUGCACCGCCUCGCCUUCCUAGAGCAGGCGGCUUUUGAUCACCACGCGGAGAAGCGACGGAAACGGGGCAGUUUAUUCUUCAGGAAGAAGAAGGACAAAUCCCGCAAGGCGGCGCACGCGUGGUCUGCGGCCGGCUCGGGCGGCGACUGUGAUUGGUGCGGACGUGCGUUGGCCGAUAAACCAUCGCUAUACUGCGAUAAUUGUACAAUGACAGUGCAUCAGAAUGCAUGCAAAGACUACAUAAUUGAGUGUAACAAGCCAAAAACUUCUAAGACAUCGGUCGGCAAAUCCCUAAGCGCGAACAGCGGCAAGAGCGGCAAGCGCAGCUCCGUCUCCAGCCAAUCACAAAACACCAAUAGCACGAGCCACAUUUACAACGACGAGAAGGAUGGCUCCGAUCACAAACACGACCAGAGCAACGCGUCAGACGACGCGGGCGUGUCGGAGUGGCCGGAGGUGUUCCUGACUCCGGAGCAGCUCGGCGACGAGGCCAUCCGCCUCGGCCUGGGCGCCGCCGAGCCCGACACCUGGGCAGCAGGCGCUCCUAAGGGACUAGCCAAGGCACUUGGCGAUAGAGAAACCAAACGUCAAGAACACAUAUACGAACUGAUAUUGACGGAGAAACAUCAUUGUUUAACGAUCAGACUUAUGCAAAAGAUGUUCGCGGCGGGCAUGGUCCGCGGCGCGGGCGUGUCGGCGGCGCAGGUGGCGCGCAUGUUCCCGCGCGUGGACGAGCUGUGGGCGCUGCACGCGGCGCUGCUGGCCCGCCUGCGCGCGCGCCAGGCCGCCGCGCCCACGGUGCCCAGCAUCGCCGACAUCCUGGCCGACACCUUCGCGCCGCCCGGACAUCAGAAACUCAAGGCGGCUUACGGAGAGUUCUGUUCUCGUCACCGCGACGCAGUAGAAGUCUUCAAGGAGUGUUGCACGCGCGAGCCGCGACUCUCGCGAUUCAUAAGGAAGUGCCAACAGAACCCAUUGCUCAGGAAAAAGGGUGUACCAGAAUGUGUGUUAUUCGUCGCACAAAGACUAACCAAAUACCCGCUGCUGCUGGAGCCGCUUCUGAAGACGGCCGGCGAUGACGUCAACGAGAGGGAGCUCUUACAGAAAGCUUUGUGUGGUGUCAAGGAAAUCCUAGUAGACGUAGACAACCAAGUGGCAGCCAAGGAGCGCGAAGACCGCAAGCUGGAGAUCUACCACCGCAUCGACGCGAAGUCCUUCGCUAACUUCAGGGGACGCAAGUUCAAGAAGAGCGAUAUAUUGCAGGGGAAUAGGAGCUUGAAGUUCGAAGGCGUAGCAACGCUAAUGCAGGGCCGCAGCAAGAUGCAGACUCUCCUCGUAAUAGUACUCACCGACGUACUGUUCUUCUUACACGACAACAACAACAAAUAUACGUUCUUUACGCCUGAUAAUAAGACGGGCGUUGUAUCCCUAGUGAAGCUCCUAGUGAGAGAGAAGGCUGGCGCUGAAGGUCGCGGCCUGUACCUCAUCUGUUCCGGCCCUACGGAGCCUGAGAUGUUCGAGUUGAGGGUGCACAGGCCCAAGGACAUACAUACAUGGAUACAGGCUAUCAGAGCGGUAGUCCAAAGUUGUCCUGAAGAAGUCGAGGAGUCAGAAGUGGGAGCGACCGCGCCGUCAGCUGAGGAACGACAGAGACAGCUCGACGCCAGACACGAGAAUAUAAGACUGAUCACUGAUGAAACUCCGUGGUGGCAAAUAGAAGAGGCUCUGAGAGCCAAAGACAGGGAGCACGCGACAUUGCUAGAAGAGAAAAUGGCGCUACAAAUGAAAAUGGUCGGCAUCACAGAUGAGACGUGGCUUGCACCUAAUUCAGGCAGUAACACAGCGUUUCCAGGGCUAGUGUUUCCCGACUACCUCCGACUGGCAGCCCCGUCAGCUGACAAAUACACUCUAUGGCAGGAGGUCUGCAAAGUUGUCAAGGAUGCCCUAGAAGCGAGCAGCGCACAGUGGCAGUGUGGCGGCGCUCUAGGCCGAAGUACGAGCUCUGCCGGCGAGCGACACUCUGUAGCAUACGAGAGUCCUGCUCUACCGCGCAGGGCUGACACCUUCGCUGGAUUCGACGCUAAUAGACAUAGAGGCGUAACCCUCCGCAUGUCGACAGACACGCCGACAGAGGCCGCCGAGCCCGAGGCCAGGCCGCCCGACGACCGGCCCGAGCUCAGCAGCGAGGCCGUACUCAAGCUGCAACACGCUAUCUACACGCUCACCUGUAUUGUGUGGCAGCAGCUGACUACUAUACACAGCCUGGAAGCCCAGGUGAGUGCGUGGCGCUGGCAGGGCGGCGGCGGGGCGGCGCGCACCCCCGACUGGUCGGACGCGCAGCUGGAGGAGCUGCGACACGCGCAGGCCCGCCUCACGCGCGACAGGGCCGCCUUCGACGCGCAACGGGCGGCUGAUCAUGCUGCCUUAGCACAGGAACGCCAGCAAUUGCAAGCGGCGAGGCAGGAGCUAGCCGAACAACAGAAGGAUGUGGAACAGCAACGCGAAAGGCUCUUCAGGCGAUUAGAACGGUUGCAGCAACACGGUGGAUCACAAGAGGAGAUAGCAAGCGUGGGCACUCUGUCUCCAGACUCAAGCGUGAGCGAUACAACGCGACGGAAAGAACCCAAGUGGCGAAAUAACCGCGGCUCGACGGGCUCGGAGUCGUCGGUGAGCGCGUGCAGCGUGCGCAGCGGCGUGCUGCCGCCGCCGCAGCUGCUGUCCGCGCAGAACGAGACCCGCGCCACCGUGCAUGCCUCCGCCAUCUCCCAAAUGGUGAAACAACAGCUACCACUGAAACUAGCGAGCGGUAAGAGUCAACAACCGCCGCCGGGCUACCACAGACUGCACGAGUCGCCGAGCGAUCAUCAGAGCCAAGGCUUAGUGAUCCACCACACUCGCACGGGCAGCUCGCCCGCCCCGCUGCCGUCGCAGCAACAGAUUAACAACAAGGCUACCAGAACGAACACAUACCCGAAGCUACCGGACAAGUUCCGCGUGCGCUCUCCCGAGAGCGGCGGGGGCGCGGCGGGCGCGGGGGCGGGAGGCGCGGGUGGGGGCGCGGUGGGGGGCGCGGGCGCGGGCUCGCCCCCCGCCGCGCCGCCCUCCGAGGAGGAGGUCAUCUUCUUCUGA